CUUAGAUCUAGAUAGAUCUAGAUCUAGACAAUCAUAACUGAUAGGCCUAAAAAGUGCAUGUAUUGUUUCAUUUGUUUUUUCAGUGGCUUUUACUUUACCUCUUCAACUUUUCCGAACACACAGACCCUGAGUGCCCCACCUGCUGUAAAUGAAGUAGAUCUACCCAAGUCUCUGGACAUGAAUAACUCAAGCAUGACAUUGAACACUCCCUCCAAUAGGACUGAAACACGAAGUGUAACUGAAACCAUCAGAAUGGUGUUGGCUACACCACCUACUUCUACAGAGGUACCAAACCAUGACAUUACCCGUUCAGAUCGUGUACUAAUAGCAGCUGCAGCCAUCGGAUUGUUUUUUCCGCUAGCUGGUGUCAUUGGAAUUGCUGUCCAUUUCUGCGCCAAAUAAAGAUAAGCAGCAUCAAGUCAACUCAUCUGUCUGGUGAUCCAAGCCCCUGUCUACAGAUUGAAAGACUGUCUCAAGUGUUAAAGUCAAGUGGUUGAACAAGUAUAAUGGAAGUUUAAAGCCAGUUCAUACUCUUGUGUACAGUACUUAAUAUAAUUGUAUUGACAAUGUUGUUUGAGUUCAUCAUACAUAUUUAAAAUCCUAUAAAAUAACUACAAGCUAAUUUUAUUUCUCUUAUAAUAUUGUGUUGUUUAAAGUUAAAGGGAUAAGUUUUUUGGACAAAAAAAAAAUUGUAAUAUUUGUUUUUUUUGUUUCACUGUAUUCAUUGUCUCUCUAUUGCCCAAAUUUUUUUAUUGGGCUGUCAUUAUUGUUUCUGUAAUUAGAAGGA